GUUCAUUUUUUUACUUCUAGUCUCUUGGAUGUUAUCAAAGAUCUCAGUAGUUUUUAUUAUUACAAAGGAAUCGGUUCGUGUUUAAUCAGCAGUAAAGGCCCCCACAACCAGGAGUUUAACAAGUAGUUAUACCUGCGAUGGAUGUCACCGCAGCCAGCAUGAUGUACUCCAAUCCCUUCUACGCUCCAAAUUACUCCGACAACCAGCAGCCUCAGUCGCAGCAGCAUCAGCACCAAAUCUUCCAUGCCAGCCAUGUGGUCGGUUCGGCACCAGUUUCCGGACUCGGACUAGGAUCAUCUGGGAUCAAUGCGCCUCCAGGUGUAGGUUCCUCGGGGCUCAGUCCCCGCACCGGCUACAGUGAUCUCUACCGCUUCGAGGACGGCAGUGGUGAUGCCAGUGGCUCUUUGAUGCUGGGCCAGGACGAUGAUGACCUCUGCGGUGGCGAGGAGACCUCUUUGCCGGUGGCCAGUACCUCAACUGCGGCGGUGGAGUCCUUGAAGGGAAAUGUAGAGGAGCAGAUGGCCGAGCGGAGUGAUAUGAUGACCGAAAGGGGGGACGAGGAGGUGGACGACGAGGAGGAGGAGCAGGAGGAAAACAGGGAGGUGGGGGCCUACAUACCCAGCAUGGGCGGUGGCAGCACAUCCUACAUGGUGUUCCCGCGCACGGCCGCCGACUUCAUGCCCCGCCUGCCGCUGCCCCGGCACAGCCCCUACAUGAUUGUCGGCCAGGAGCAGUACGUCAUCCAGCCGGACACCGUUUUUGUGCUGGGAAUGCGCCUGAACGUCACCAAGAACGACAUCAUCACGUACUUCGGCAGGCUGGGCCUCAUCAAAAUGGACGAGGCCUCCCAGAAGCCCAAGAUCUUUGUCUACAAGAACAAGCAGACGGGCCGUUCGAAGGGUGAGGCCACCAUCACCUACGUGAGCCCAUUCUCGGCCCAGGCGGCCAUCAGUUGUCUGAGCGGGGCCAAGUUCAUGGGGCAGGUGCUCACUGUGCUGCCGGCCUACCUGUCCACCCGUCAGGGCAGCCUCCGCUUCAACUAUCCGCGGGAGCUGAACUCUCCGGAGCGGCAGCGUCGCCAGCGGGCGCUGAAAUGGAAGCCGGCCAGCGACAACUGGGUGUGCACGCUCUGCCGGAACAGCAACUUCGUGUGGCGCUCCAGCUGCAACAGGUGUCAGGCCACCAAGGUGUCCGCCUCUGGACAGGGUACAUCGACAGGAUCUGGAGGAGCGGAUGGCGCCCGUAGCUGGCGGCCACGCAAGGACGAUUGGCCCUGCGGCUUCUGCUUCAAUCUGAACUUUUGGUACCGGGAGAAGUGCAACCGCUGCCACAGCCCGCGCUCCGAUGAGCCGCCCGCCUCCGGGGGGGACAAGCCCGAUCCCUGGGAACUGGUGCUCAGCACGCCCCCAGUCGAGUAGUUUUCCCCAUCCUCUUAAACGUAGCCGUUUCCCGUUUGUAUCUGUAUCCGUAUCUGUAUAUGUAUCCGUAUCCGUACGCGUUACCGUUUGCCUAUCCGUAUCUGUUUGUACGUGCCUGUUGACGAACGAAGGUUCUACCCUCCGAUUCCCAUGCUGUUCCCCCUGGACCCGUUUAAAUUUCAAGUGAUUGGAACUCGUAAGUCGGCUGAAAGACCCCCAAAAUUCCUGUCUUAGAAUCGCGUUUUAAAGCAAGACUACUACUAUAUAUUCGCCCGAGAGCCCCUGAGAUUGUGGGACAAUGCAGCUUGCUGAAUGAUAAUCCACUUAAUCCGGGUAACUGAAUUCUUUGCCCGGCACAAAAGGCAACCGGACCCACCUGGCGAGCUCUAAACGUUUAAUGAAUUUAUUUACUUUCCCGACGCCCGCAGCCAGUGGCUCAUUGGCUCUGUGGUACUGCACUGAAAAUCGAAAUAUAAGUUUAUUCGCCCUCGAAAUUGUUUAA